AUGAGAAGUGUUUGAACCUGAAUAUACAGUGCAGUAACACAUUAUUUAAACUGCCGUAGGACUAGCCAGCUGGAAUAAAAUCUGGAAUUGAAAGUAUGACUACUACACAGGGGACCAAUGUGCCCCCCUCCGAGUCCCCAGGAGGUGCAGGUGUACCCACCCUGGUCACCGUAGACAUUGUGAUCCUUGUUAUCUACUUCUUGCUUGUGCUGGGAGUGGGAUUUUGGUCGAUGUGGAAAACCAAGAGAAGCACAGUGGAUGGAUACUUCCUGGCAGGGAAGACCAUGUCCUGGUGGCCGGUGGGCACCUCUUUAUUUGCCAGUAAUGUGGGUAGUGGACACUUUAUUGGCAUGGCAGGGUCUGGAGCGGCUGCAGGAAUCGCAUCUGUGGCAUUUGAGUGGAAUGGGAUGCUUAUGGUCCUCCUACUGGGUUGGCUCUUCUUGCCCAUCUACAUCACUUCUGGGGUGACAACCAUGCCUGAGUACCUGCAGAAGCGAUUCGGGGGGAAGAGAAUACAAUUAUUCAUAGCUAUUUUGUAUUUAUUUAUUUACAUAUUCACAAAGAUAUCAGUGGAUAUGUAUGCGGGGGCCGUGUUUAUUCAACAGGCCUUACAGUGGAACAUUUAUGUAGCUGUGGUGCUGCUUCUGUUCAUUACUGCUCUCUACACUGUAGCAGGUGGUCUGGCUGCAGUCAUCUACACAGAUGCUGUCCAGACUGGUAUAAUGCUGAUAGGAGCCCUCACCCUUACAGGCUUCAGUUUCGCUGAGGUUGGUGGCUGGAACGCCCUCCUGGAACGGUAUGCAAUGGCCAUACCCUCAGUCCGUGACCCCAACACCACUUGUGGCAUCCCUCGGGAAGAUGCCUUCCACCUAUUCCGUGAUCCUGUGACCUCUGACCUGCCCUGGCCGGGCAUCCUCCUUGGGAUGUCCAUCCCAUCCAUGUGGUACUGGUGUUCAGACCAGGUUAUAGUUCAGCGUUCCCUGGCUGCUAAAAACCUGCUCCAUGCUAAAGGAGGGUCUCUACUGGCUGCCUACCUAAAGAUCCUGCCCUUCUUUAUAAUGGUCUUGCCCGGCAUGAUCAGCAGAAUACUUUACCCAGACGAGGUGGGAUGUGCAGACCCUGAUGUGUGCACCAAGGUGUGUGGGAAUGCAGUGGGAUGUUCAGACAUUGCCUACGCCAAACUGGUCAUGGAGCUGCUGCCAUCAGGUCUACGUGGCCUGAUGAUGGCAGUAAUGAUCGCUGCCCUCAUGUCGUCCUUGACCUCCAUCUUCAACAGCUCCAGCACAAUCUUCACCAUGGACCUCUGGCGACACCACCGGCCACAUGCCACUGAGUGGGAACUAAUGAUCGUUGGCAGGAUGUUUGUGUUGGUGCUGGUGGUAGUGUCUGUUCUCUGGAUUCCCGUGGUCCAGGCCAGUCAGGAAGGCCAGUUGUUUAUUUACAUCCAGUCCAUCAGCACCUAUCUACAGCCCCCUGUUGCCAUUAUUUUCCUGACUGGAUGCUUCUGGAAGAGGACCAAUGAGAAGGGGGCUUUCUGGGGCCUGGUUCUGGGUGAGCUUGUGGGCUUUGUAAGGAUGGCCCUGGACUUUGCCUAUCCCACUCCUCUGUGUUACCAGGAGGACAGCAGGCCCAACGUGGUUAAACAAAUCCACUACCUUUACUUCUCCACAAUGCUGUCUUUCCUCACCCUGAUAGUGGUGGUGGGGGUCAGCCUGGCCACAGAGAAACCCAGCCCACAGCAGAUCAGCCGCCUAACCUGGUUUACAAGACUUGAUAAAGUAGAGAAGAGCAGCAUAGCUAUGGAGACUGUACAGACUGUGACUGGUGCUACAAAGAGCAGGGAGAGUGCAGAGCUAGACACUGAAGAUGAAAAACCGAAGACUGACGAAGACCCACGCCCUCAGAGGCUAGACUCUGUUUCCUCAGAAGCAAGUGUGAGGAGCCAGUCCAGACUCAAGGCUGCCCUCUACUGGGUGUGUGGUAUGGAGAGGCAGAAGGAGGGCGAAAGUGCCCCCCCACCACCACUUUUAAUCAACCCCGCCAGCUCCCUGCAGGAGGAGCCAUGCCUCCGUCAUGUGGUCAAUGCCAACCUCAUCAUCUGCCUCUCUGUUGCAGUCUUUAUCAUUGGCUACUGGGCCUGAUGAGAAACUACCAAAGGACAAGUAGAGGCAGAGCUUGUCCAUUAUGGCACCGAACGGCAAGCUUGUAAAUCCAACACUUCCUGCAGAUUGUGACAAUACAGGCUGUUAUUUAUUAUAGCAAUGUACACUUUUGAUUGUGUUGAAGUGUUUUCUGAGAUCUGUGAGAAAGCCUAAACAUAUACAGUGGGGAGAACAAGUAUUUGAUACAAUGCCGAUUUUGCAGG